AUGGUGAAGAGGGGAGGCAGGCUGCGGCUGCUGUUAUGCCGGCAUCAUCUGUCCCUGUUAGGAAGGCAUCCACAUCCUGGCUCACCACUCCAAACAACCAGAUCCUUCAACUCACUCAGGGGGGGCAAGCGUCGGGGGCCGCUAUGGAAGGCGCUGGUUGGCCUCUCUGUUGGCGUGCCCGUGGCGGUGGCUGUCGGGUAUUCCGUGUCGGAGCCCAGAGAGAAGAGGAAGAUGAGGAUUGUGAUGGAGGGGUUUGGCCGUUUCUGCAGGUCUCUCUCGGUGGGACUGUACAUAUCUGUGGAUUACUGGUGGACCACCAACGUGUCCCUGCGUGGAGUGGAGGAGGUAAGCCGAGCCGCUCGCCCCCCCCCCCCCCGGGGGGCAGGCGGCAAAACCUCCCCCCGCCCCCCCCCCCCCCCCCCCACUGCCCAGAGCAGCCCAUCCUACCUGGCCCAGAUGUCAGCCUGCCACCAGAGGGCGGCGGCGUGCAUGGUGGAGGGGGCCAUACGGAACGGGGGCAUCUACAUCAAACUGGGCCAGGGCCUGUGUGCCUUCAACCACCUGCUGCCCCCCGAGUACAUCCGCACCCUGCAGGUCCUGGAGGACCGGGCCCUGGACCGGCGCUACAGAGAGGUGGACGCCCUCUUCCAGGAGGACUUCAACAAAACCCCCCAGGAGCUUUUUAAGAGCUUCGACUACGAGCCCAUGGCGGCCGCCAGCCUGGCGCAGGUGCACCGGGCAGAGCUGAGGGACGGCACCGCCGUGGCCGUGAAGGUGCAGUACAUCGACCUCAGGGACCGCUUCGACGGAGACAUCCGGACGCUGGAGGUCCUGCUGGACGUGGUGAAGCUCAUGCACCCCAGCUUCGGCUUCCGCUGGGUCCUGAAGGACCUGAAGGGCACGCUGGCCGAGGAGCUGGACUUUGAGAACGAGGCCAGGAACUCGGAGAGGUGCGCCCAGGAGCUGAGGCACUUCCAGUUCGUAGUGGUUCCCAAAGUCUACUGGGAGCAGACCAGUAAGAGGGUGCUGACGGCCGAGUUUUGUGACGGGUGUAAGAUCAACAACGUGGAGGAAAUAAAGCGACAGGGGAUCAGUCUGAAAGACGCGGCCGAUAAGCUGAUCAGAACCUUUGCAGAGCAGAUUUUCUACACCGGCUUCAUCCACGCAGACCCACACCCCGGAAACGUUCUGGUCCGACGCGGUCCCGACCAGAAGGCGGAGCUGGUGCUGCUGGACCACGGCCUGUACGAGUACCUCAGCCAGCAAGACAGAGAGGCCCUGUGUAAGCUGUGGCGGGCCAUCGUGCUGCGGGACGAGGCGGCCAUGAAGAAGUACGCCAACACGCUGGGAUACUUCCUGUUCUGCGAGAUGCUGCUGCAGCGGCCCAUCAACAUGCACAAGCUGGGCCUGUCCAACGUCCUGAGCCGGGAGGAGACGGCCUACAUGCGCCACAUGGCCGUCAACCGCUUUGAGAGCGUCAUGCAGGUGCUGAAGGCCAUGCCCCGGCCCAUGCUGCUGGUGUUCCGGAACAUCAACACCGUCCGCAGCAUCAACAUCAGCCUGGGGGCGCCGGUGGACCGCUACUUUGUCAUGGCCAAGAGUGCGGUGCGAGGCUGGGGGAGGAUCCAGGCAGAGAAGACGGGGAUCCUCCCCAGGCUGGGGAUCUUCUGCUGGUGGAGGACCACGUGGGAGAGCCUCAAGUUUGAAGUGGCUUUAAGAUCAGAGAUGGCCAUGAUGAGUCUGACGCGAGCCUUCCUGAAGAUGCUGGAGAAGCUGGGCCUGGCCACGCUGGACCACAGCGUGUACGAGUACCUGAGAUAG